ACUGGCGGGCUCGUGGCGAGUCGCCGUGGAAACGGGUUCAGUCGGACCCGGGUUUGUGGCGCUACUGCGGGGAAAAACUCUAAGCAUUUGGGGUUACCUUCGCGGUAUUUUUACAGUAAAUCACGCUGUGCUCAAACUGUGGCGAUAGUAGUUGUUUUUAUUUCAACCUGGAAACAAAAGAAAGCGAAAGUGAAACGUUUCUUUUGCAGGGAGUGAAGGCCACCAUGAAUGACAUUCGGAAGAGAAAACUCAGUCUAAUAGAAGUUCUGAUGUCAGACCCGGGUUACCUCCUGCAGCACUUGCAGGCCGACUCCCUCAUCACUCAGCGCGAGUAUCACAACAUCCGCAGCGUGCAGCAGUCCAGCGAGAAGACAGUCAUCGACAUACUGGACAAGAUUAUGAAUAAAGGCGAGGACAUUUGCCGCCGUUUCCUAGCCCUUCUGCAGAAAGCAGACAUCCUGGAAACCUUUCCUGGCUUGAAGGAACUUUCUACUUACCCAGAUAAUCAGUACCAGCAGCCAGGAAGCACUGAGAUCGCUGAGUACCAGAUGAAAAGCCUUCCCCGAGGGUUCUGUGUCAUCUUCAACAACGAGAACUUUGACACAAGGAGUCUGAAAGAACGAAAAGGUUCCAGAAAAGAUGCUGAUGACUUACGAAAGGUUUUCCACUGGUUGGGUUUUGAGGUGAAGACAUUUGUGAACCAGUCAGCGGAUGAGAUGCGGUCCAGGCUACAGGAGUAUGCGCAGAAACCACACAAUGACUGCUUUGUGUGCUGUGUGCUAAGCCACGGGACACAGCGGGCUGUCUACGGCCGCGACGGGAAUACCAUCAGCCUGCAAGAGAUCCUGCAACCGUUCAAUGGGGAGAACUGCCGUGCCCUAGUCAGCAAGCCUAAGGUGUUCUUCAUCCAGGCGUGCCAGGGGGAGCGCUUGCAGGGGGGCGUGGCUGUCCAGGCAGACUGUGCUGGGGAAAUGGUCUGUGAUCUGGAUGCCAACACAGCAUGUGGUACUACCAUCCCCAUAGAUGCUGACUUCCUUGUUGGCAUGGCAACUGUGCAGGACUGCUACUCUAUCCGAAACUGUAAGACUGGAAGCUGGUACAUCCAGUCUCUGUGUCAGGCACUGUCAGCGUACUGCCCCAGGGGUGAAGACAUCCUUACCAUCCUCACCAGAGUUAACGAAGUAGUGAGCAGGGAAGAGGGCAAAAUGGUGUGCAACAACAGAUUCCAGGUGGCCAAGCAGAUCCCAGAACCUGCAUUCACCUUCACAAAACGGCUAGUAUUUCGGGUGCCUGGUCUGGACACAACCUGACCAGGAGGUUGCUCUAGUAAAUCACGAAAUCAGUGUGGUCACCACUUUGCUGCUUGACCCUUUCGUGAUGUAAAGUAAUCACCUUAAGACUUAUCCCCCCUCCCUCAUUAAUUCUGGAGGCAGAGGGUGUGAGACAGUUUACACUCUGGCCAGAAUGGUAGUCCCUCAUAGAACAGACACAGUGGGAAAUUUAGUCACCAGUUCACCUGAAACACAUCUCUUUGGAGAAUACCCGUUCUCUUGUUUUGCACAGGUUAAUAAAAUAUUUUAAAAAAAGUCAAUAUACCUAUAAGCUAUCUGAACCCAGCACUAUACAGCAACUCACCCUCUUACUCUGUUUAAGAUUAUUCUUCUUUGGUCUCAGUAAUUGUGGAAUUCUUGUACUGUUUUUAUAAACAAACACUGAAUUUACCAAUAUUUUCAUGAAUGUGUUACUCCUCCACUAUCUACUAGAAGGCUAGACAUGAAUAGGUUUAGCAAAGGCUCCAGCGCUGAAAAUGUUACUCCUAAAUUGGAAAUCUGUACCCAAACUAGGGCAAUAUGAGUAUGCCUAUAACUGUACACUGAGGCAGGGGGUAGUGUAGUGGGUGGAGCUACUGCCUUUUGGUUCAAAGGGUGCAGGUUCAACCUUCACUUCUGCUGUAGUGCCCCAGCACAAGGUAUUUACCCCAAGCUGCUUCAGAAGAAGGAGUGCCCAGUUGUCUAAGUAGGUAAAUUAACAAUUUGCUUUGGAGAAAAGCAUCAGUUAAAUGAAUAAAUAUAAAUGUAGUUUCAGCCUUGACAUCAGAGGCUCUACUCGCAUGUUAGAGAACACAAUAUUACAAGUUCAAAGCAUGUCAGUUAAGGACAAAAUCAAUAACAGUACACUGCAUAUAUAUCUCACAUUAGCAGAUUGCAGUGUUCCAUUGUCAAUAUAUCUGAUGUAUUUGUUUCUUUGCCUUAUGUCUGUGUUCAAGUGCUCUGUGUCACUGCGUGAGAAGAGCGCUUUAUAAAAAUAGAGCUGAAUAUACCUGAAGUACUGUCAGAAAAGAGAAGUAUGGUAUAUAAGAACAGGCCAACUUGCAACCAGAAAUGUAUGGUAAACAUUCCUUUUUACAUAACGGAGGACAGUUUGAAGGACUGGAAACCCACUGCAAGUGGAAUGGUGAAACUUGAGCACCAACUUAGAAAUAAAUUGAUGCUGGUUAAGAUGCAUCACACCUGCUACACCAGAGAACUGCCAGUACUCUAAACAUGUGACUGCCGUUUCAUCAAGCCCUGUUAAAAGGGUUUUAUAAAAUAAAAAAAAAA